GCCAACAGGAGACACUACUGCACUGAUUUGCUUUCUCAUAGAUUUUAUUUUAUUUAAGGAUAUCGAUCCUGUCUGGCUUGGGAAACCAGAGUGAACUGAAUGUGAUUUAGUUUGAUCAAAGCAUUCUCAACAUUCAUUUCGCAAACAAUCACAAACUCACACAACGUAUAGAAUGGUAGUGGGCAAAAAGGUGACAAAAGAGAGUAUUCUUCCAUCAGUGUGUGAAGAUGACGGAGAUGAAGGUGGAAAAGAAGAGGAUUUGGGAGGAAUCGCAAGCAGGCCGGUCAGCAGACCCAGGAGUCUCUACAGCAGAGGAAGUGUGGAUGGCCAAAGAGUGUCUAGAUCACCCAGCCAUCAUCAAAGCACAAGAAUGGCCCAUCAGGAUGAAGAUCAUAUGAAUGAAGAAGAUGAGGUGGAUGAAGGUGGAGGUAUCCAUCCAGGUGAUGGACAGCAGCAGGAGGAAGAGUGUGUUAUCAGUGACGAAGAUUUUGACACAGACCUGGAACUCGACAGAUUUCACAAUGAAAGACGAGCAUAUGACCCUACAGGACAGUCAAGCUACAGAGAGGCUUGUAAGAUGCUGAAUGUAGUUCCAGUAUCCUACUUCCUCCGAAAUAUGAACCAGAGUGAACUCAACAUGAUGCAUUAUGGGCUGGGCUCACAGGGUACCAAAGCUCUGGCCAUUUCCUUAGUAACCAACACCUCCAUCCUGAAGCUCAAUCUGCGAGAUAAUUGGAUGGAGGGAAUAGGCGGGGCUGCCAUUGCUGAUAUGCUCAAAGAGAAUUGCUACAUCACAGAGGAACAUGGGGGUUGGACAAGUCUGGAAUCUUUUAGCAAUAUCUUGCAAGAUGUUUUAUGGUGGCAUGACAAAGCCAACAUACCGAUUUCCAUAUCAGAUUUCCAAACAGGCCCAAAUUCCCAGACUUCCUUUGAAAUUGAUUUGUCUGAAAACCGGAUGGGUGAAUACGGAGCCAGGGCUCUGUCCAGCAUGCUGUUGGAAAACUCUACCCUAUUCUCUCUCAACCUCUCCGGGAACCAUCUGGACGAGCGAGCAGCCAGACACCUGUCCCCAGCUCUGAUCAGCAACCAGAAACUUCAGCUCCUCGACCUGAGUCACAACAGAUUCGGAGAUAUAGCAGGGGAAAUCCUGGGUGCUGCUGUUGCCGAGAACACAGGAAUGAAGUCACUCAAUCUGGCUUGGAACUGCAUUCGAGGAAAAGGAGCCAUUGCAUUUGCUAAAGGCCUGGAGGGAAAUAUCUUCUUGCGGACCCUGGAUUUGUCGUUCAACGGCCUGGGCAAAGAAGGAGCUGUGGCUCUAGAGGAAGCACUCAAACACAACAAUACACUGGAGGAUCUGAAUAUCAGCAAUAAUCGCAUACCGUUCGAAGGAGCCAUCCAUUUUGCGCUGGGCCUCCAAGUGAACACGACUCUACGAAUUCUCAAAAUGUCUAGGAACCCAAUGCAGUCAGCGGGAUGCUUCGCCAUUUUAAAAUCAGUUCAAGCAAACCCAGAAACUGCAGUAGAGUUCUUAGACUUCUCUGAUAUUUGCGUGGACCAGGAAUUUGAAGACUUAUUCGAAAGCACCAAAGAAACACUCCCAAACCUUCAAGUGAAACAUGGUGGAAAAAUUAAUGCAGUGCUUAAAAAGAGCUGAGCUUUAUUCAGAAACACAUUCUGGAUAAUUCAAUUGUAAUCGUGUAGGCUUGUAGAACUGCAAAUGUAUUUCUGAACUUGCAUAAAACCUAGACUCUAAACUGAUUUGAAUCUCGCUCCACACUCCUCCACAUGGUAAAUUGGAUCAAGUCAUGGUUGAUGGAUCAUGGUUUCCGGCGUUAAGGGAACAACGGUUCGGUAGAAUAAUGUUUAGAAAAAGAUUUGAUGACAUUAGUGAUCAUAGACUUUAAAAUAUUACUUACAAAAUGGGCGAAUGAGAUGAUGUGUGGAGUAAGCAGAAUUGAUCUAAUUACUUUACUACUGUUUAAAAGUUUGAGGUAGGUAAGUUUUUAUGUUUUCAAAAGAAGUCUCUAAUGCAUUUAUUCAAUCACCAAUUCCGUAAAUAUUAUGAAAUAUUAUUACAAUUUACAAUAACUUUUCUAUUUGAGUAUAUUUUAAAAUGUAAUUUAUUCCUGUGAUGCAAAGCUGAAUUUUCAGCAUCAUUACUCUAGUCUUCAGUGUCACAUGAUCCUUCAGAUUUUUAUUUAAAAGCAUUAUUAAAAAAUUAUCAAUGUUGAAAACAGUUGUGCAGCUUCAUUUUUGUGGAAACCAGUAUAUACAUUUGAUAAAGUUAAAAAGAACAGCAUUUAUUCAAAAUAGAAAUGUAUAAAAGUAUUAAUUGCAUUCACUUAAAAACAUAAUUUUGGGUUUAUAUACCCCUUGCUGAGAAACCA